AUGGAGGAAAUAACAUCCACAGCAACAGAGACAACAAAAGACGACGAUGUUUGGUCCAAAGACACGGUCCCCAAGGUUUUCAAACUCGUUUCUUCUUCCACUUCAUCUCUCACUCUCACUCACCCCGACCUCGUUUCUCUCCUCCUCGUCAGUCCCUUCCUCUAUCGCACCCUUCUCUCUUCUCAACCCCUCUGGCAAUUACUCAAUUUUCGUGAGUCGAAUAAUGCCGGAAAUCGCCUCAUAGCUGCCCUUUCACUGCCUAGAUAUAGCCAUGUAAAGGAGAUUAACCUUGAAUUUGCGAGAGACAUUGAAGACACACAUCUCAUACUUAUUAAACAGAAGUGUUUUGAUUCUCUUCGAAGCUUGGAGUCUUUGAAUCUCAACGUCUGCCAAAAAAUAUCGGAUACAGGAAUUGAAGCGAUAACCAGUUGUUGUCCUCGGCUGAAAAACUUUUCCAUCUACUGGAAUGUGAGGGUGACUGAUAGUGGACUACUGCAUAUAGUGAGGAACUGCAAACACAUUGUUGAUUUGAAUAUAAGUGGCUGUAAGAAUAUUUCAGACCAAGGUGUACAAUUUGUUGCAGACAAUUACCCAAAACUAGAGUCAGUGAACUUGACAAGGUGCGUCAAGUUAACCGACAAGGGGCUGAAGCAGUUGUUACAGAAAUGCCUAUCUCUUCAAAGUUUGAAUCUCUAUGCAGUGUCUAGUUUCACAGAUGAAGCUUACAGGAAAAUCGGCCUUCUGUCACGUCUCAUGUUUUUGGAUCUUUGUGGUGCCCAGAAUCUUUCGGAUGAAGGACUUCAAUGUAUUUCGAAAUGCAAGAACCUUGUAUCCCUCAAUCUGACUUGGUGUGUACGUGUGACCGACAAAGGCGUUAUAGCCAUUUCACAGAGUUGCACCUCUCUUGAAUUUCUAAGCUUAUUCGGAAUAGUCGGCGUGACCGAUAAAUGUCUGGAAGCACUCUCAAAGACAUGUUCCAACAGCAUUACGACCCUCGAUGUGAACGGAUGUAUCGGCAUUAAGAAACGAAGCCGCCCAGAGUUGCUUCGAUUGUUUCCAUAUUUGAAAUGCUUUAAAGUGCAUAGUUAA